GCUCUAUCAUCUCGUGCCGGCAGUUCAAGUACGCUAUCAACGGGACGUGAUGCUUUGACAAGGGAGGUCCGUCUACUUCGAGAGGCUCUAGAUGGAAUCAAUUUCAUCGAUCGAGCCCAGAGAGGCAACUCUCCCUUCCCGAAGGGUGACGAAACAAUCCCAGAUUCAUUCACCAUGCCUGAUGAAGUAGUAUCGAUCGAAAGGCCUGCUAGUGGAUCGCGUGGCACGUCAGCAGUGGAACAAGCUCGGCUCAGUUCUCGUGGUUCCAUUCAGCUUCUUUCGGAUAAUGCGAUUAGGAAUGAUGAACCUCGAUCUGAUGGUUUAACCAUACGAAGGUUCCGAAUCGAAGGGGGACCCGACCAUAAUUCUGAAAAUCAUUUGAGAGAGCAAGGUGUCAACACUCAUAAAUUUCCCGUUCGUCACGUGGUUAUAACUCACCGUGUGAAGCAUGAGCUGGACCACGGUAUUGGACGUACUCGUUUCCAUAUCGGGACACAUCAUCCCGAAGGAAAACCUCAUUUCCACCCGUUCAAGUUGAGAACCACUCUCGACAGUAGCCAGCAAAUCAUGGAUGUUGAUUCAAUACCUCACCUUGGCAAACGAGAUGAAACGAGAGACGCUAUUUUCGAUGGUAGAGCUGCUCGAGCUACAAUACAUGGAGAGGAAGAGAAAGAAAUCGAACAUCAUCCACAUAAACAGCGUAAAGGUGGAGGAAAGCGUGGCAGGCCAGUUCUGGUCGGAAGGUCGCUGUAUAGUAGAGGUCGUGUACACUUUAGACCUCACGUCAAUUUUCAUCCGUUGCCGAGAGGUACAAGCACAGACGCAGAGGCUGAUUCCCAGGAAUCUUCCCCGCUUGCUCAGGAAACAGCUGCUGAGUGUGAACGACAUGAUGCAGCUGUUAUGACAGAAGAGCCAGAGGUUCGAGAUAGUGCGAAUCCGAAACCGGAUGAGGUGGACAACGAAAACGAUGGAGGUCAAAGCUCCCCAACUAUCCGAAGAAAAUCUCCCGAUAAUAAAAAGCUACCUUUUGUAGGUUCUGGUUUGAAGGGCGCGGACACUUUUUCCAUUGCCGGCAACCAACAACAGGUCAUGAAAGUGACAAGUACUCGCUUCCAAGAGUGGCUACCGCUUGUGAGGAGUAUAAUAUACGAUUCGCGAUGUAAAGACUAUGCACAAGCACUCAGGCGAGACCUCGCUCGACAGAAACGAUCACAUUCGGAACAAAUGCGAUUGUUACAAAUUGAUUUGGUGGAAUGCAGAAGCGAAUCUGAGAGACGAGAGAUCCGUGACGACAUUGCUCGGCUAAAGCAGCAAUGGACGCCUAAACAUGACCGAGUGCUUUCUUGCCUGAACGAGCUUAUCUCCAAAGGUGGCGUGUGGUCGAAGGUUCAGCAGCUGAGAACGAUCCAUUCUGCUCUUGUGGCUUGA